CCGUUGGCCAGUCAACGUUGAGCACUGCGUCCGAGCGGCCGCGGUAUUCACUCAACAAAAGCAAAAACAAGAAAAACAAAAAAAAAAACAAUAACCAAACAAAAAUCGCCGCAACGAACAAAACGCAAAAAGCAAAGAGAAAACUUUAUACUUUUCGAACAAAACACAACACGAAAAAAAAAACAUUAUAAAAUUAACGCUAUGUAAAAACGGCAAAAAGCUAAACAAAUUGGACAACUGGUGGCACAGUGGUUGUCAUCAACGUUGCACCAACCGAAAAACACAAUACGAAAAAAAAUAAAGGGCAGCAUAAUGACAACAACAACAACAACAACGACAACAAUUAACGGCAGCAAUGCGGUGCAACAACGUCGCCAGCUGCUGCGCAAUGUGGAAAGCUUGCGCGGUCGUGUGCGUCAAGUGCUAAAAUGUGUUAUUAAUUUACACAUUGAAUUUUUGGUGCUCGAAUCAAAUGUGGCCGUGCUGCUUGACGAGGUGCGUUCCCUCAACGAUGACUUUGCGGAAGUGGAGCGAUUGGAUCGAUUAAUCGAUACACUGCGUGAUUAUAACGGUCCCACCAUUUGCCAUGAGUGGCCAUAUCCUUUGAUCUUCAAGGGCACCGUCGACAAGGCACAAAUACUCAACGAAGAACUCGAACUUGAACUGGAUCUGGAUCUGAAACUGGAACUGGAGGUGGCCAAGCAGCUGCAGCUGAGUGCGAGUGAGACGACUAGUCGACGCAGGCCACGAACAAAGCUCUUGCGGUUCACAGGAACUAGAAAAGCCAAUGGAACUGGCAAAAGCUGACUUCUAGUAUUAAAUCACUUGUAUGUGUGUGCGUGCGUGUGUGUGUGUGUGUUAAAUGAAUGUGCUUACCUCAAAUUCAUACAUAUUUGAUGUGUUGCUGCCAGUUGCUUGUGGUAAACAAAAACAAAAACAACACUAACAACGAAAAAAUACCAAAAAAUAUACUUAAGUAUAUAAAUGUCAA